AUGGACUCGCGGAACGCGGAGCGCCACGGCGACGUGGUCGUGAUAGACAUCGACGACGACGACAUCCAAGUCCGGAGUCCCGGCCGGCCGCCCUUGCCUGUGGCUGUGCCUGGCUCCGCUGCUCAAGCGCGCGGUCGGAAGCGCAGGCACAGGGAGCGGGCGCGGCGCGCGGACGACGACGACGACGUCUGUGUCGUCGUGGGAGAGCACCGCGCCAACGCAAGCGCGCAGCCGGGCGCGCGUUCUGCGGCACAGCACGCAGAGCAGCGCAAGAAGCCUCGCGCGGUCCGUGGGGACGGACCCGCCGCCGCUCCGAGGGCUGGACGCGCUCAGGUCGUCAGCCUCGACGACAGCGACGACGACGUCGACGUCGUGGGCGCCUCGGCGCAACCCGUCCGGCGGACGGACGCGCAUGCACCCGGCGCAGCAGAGGAGGGCCCGCGCGCGUGCGCAGGAUGCAAGAGCCAGCGCCGCGUCGCCGCGUCUCAGGAGGCAGACUGGAUCCAGCUCGACUGCGCCUGCCGGCUCUGCGGCGUCUGCGCGCGUCGGAUGCUCGCGCUCGACGCAACCAACGGCUGCCAACUGCUGCGGAACGCCCGCAAAGCAACCCCGCAGGUCAUCGCUGGGGCGCUGCCGUGCUGCCCGACCCACGGCCACGCCUCUCCGCUCAGCCCCUCCGACGUCCGCGGCAUCGCUGCGCCCGGCGGCCUCCUGGCGCUCUGCGGCGCGCUGUACCGCGCCAUGGAAGCAUGUAGCAGCGCGGCGACACGCGGGCGGGGUCGCGGGCGGGGACGCGGCCGCGGCGCCGCGCACUACUAUGGCAUGUAUGGCUUCGACCACGGCGCUGUGGGGCACCGCCAAGCGCCGCCAGCGAAACAGAACGGCACAGGAUACGGCGGGAACGCGGGCGACCAGGCGUCGCUGGCGAACGCCACCGCGCAGGCGUCGGCGCGGCAGUCCGCGGAGGCCGCGCGGCUCGCCGAGGCUCUGCGGGCCCUGACGCAGCACGUGCGCGCCCGCGAGAGCCCCCAGCUGUCGGUGCUGCAGCUCGACCUGCCGUCGUUCGCGGCGCUGUUCGGCGGCCCGCUCCCGCAGCGCCUCGCGGAGCUCACGCGCGGCAUCGACCUCGCCAACUGGGACGCCGGCGGCGCGCACGAGACGCUGGUGCGCGCCGUGCUGGACCUGGUGGGCCUCCUGGGGUCGCACGAGAGCACGGUGCCGCUGCUGUGGACGCCCGUGGACGCCGGGGCGAUGGCGGCGCGGUACGGACCGCUGACGGCGGGCGACGCCGCCGGCGCGCGCGACGGCGCGACGAUCGCGCAGCACAUUGCGGACCUGGCGGCGCAGGCGGACACGAUCGUGCGGCACGCGGAGGGCGACGACCUGGACCGCGUGGACCAGCUGCUGCACAUCAAGGACACCGCGGAGCAGGCCGGCGAGGCGAUCCGGGCGUCGGCGGCGCUCGGGAAGGCGCAGUGGCUGGACAGCGUAGUGGCGCAGCUGCAGCAGCGGGUGCCGGCGGGGGCGGGUGCCGGCGCGGGCGCGGGUGCGGGGGCGGGUGCGGCGGGCAGUGGCGGCGCGGACGCUGCGCUGGAGGCGACGUACAAGCGGCUGGUGUCGCGGUGGGCGUUUGCGGAGGCGGACCUGGCGGCGCCGGCCAGCGCACACUGCUUCCGUCAGACGGUGGGCGCCGGGGCGGGGUACCCGGCGGCGUGGACGAAGCGCGUGGUGAAGGAGUACAGCGCGAUGCGCGGGCACGACGCGCUGCCGGUGUUCUUCGACAGCGCGGUGCUGGUGGCGUGGGACGAGAACAACAUGAGCUUGGCGCGGGCGUGCAUCCUGCCGGCGCCGGGGUCGCCGUACUCGCACGGGGCGUUUGUGUUUGACAUCAGCGUGCCGGCGGACUUCCCCGACCGGCCGCCGAAGGUGCGGUUUCUGACGACGGGCGGCGGGCGCGUGCGCUUCAACCCCAACCUGUACAAUUGCGGCAAGGUCUGCCUGUCGCUCCUGGGCACGUGGGCGGGCCCGAGCUGGACGCGGGAGUGCAGCAUCCUGCAGAUCCUGCUGUCGAUCCAGGGCAUGAUCCUCACCGACAACCCCUACUACAACGAGCCCGGCUACGAGCGGUCCGCGGGCACCGCGCAGGGCCAGCGCGCCAGCCAGGCGUACGACGACCACCUGCUGCCGCACACGAUGGAUCUGGCGAUCGCGCGGCCGGCGACGGAGCUGGCCAAGGAGAGCCACGCCGGGGUGUACGAGCCGUUCCGCCAAGCACUGACGUGUCACUUCGUGCUCAAGCGGCACGCCAUCAACAAGACGUGCGCGGAGUGGGCGAAGCGGGGCAAGGCGGCGGCGGAGGCGGCGCGGCGGGUGGGCGCGGCCCUGCAGCACCUGGAGGACGUGUGCCGGCAGCACAGGAGGGGGCCCUACGCGGCUGAAGACUGA